UCAAGACACAACAAGUCUGGAUUUUGACAGUAGACAAUCAGAGGGGGUCUGAAGGUCUGAGGCAACCAACAGGGAGUAAACCAGCAUUUGCUGCUGGACAACAUCUGGCUGCACCGGGAUGAACUUUGAAAAUGUUUAAUUCUGCCUCCAACAGCUCGGUGCGUCGCUGCGGUCUCCACACCAUGUCGGAGGGAGAAAAUCAGACCGCAGAGGCUGUUUUCACUCAGCUGCAACACGGGCAAACUUUUUACGACACAUGCUCCUCCGGACCUGAUGACAUUUUUGAGGAUGAGCUUUACUCUCCUUCUUCCCUCUCUGCAUCCUCCCUCUCCUCCGCCCCAACAGUGGCUUCCCAGCAGGAGCAAACCGUGUGUACCGCCUGUGGCCUAGAGAUCGUGGACAGAUACCUCCUCAAGGUGAACAACCUCUGCUGGCACGUGCGCUGCCUCUCAUGCAGCGUGUGUGAAGCAUCACUGGGGAGACAUGUGAGCUGUUUUGUGAAAGAUAGACAGGUUUUCUGCAAACUUGACUACUUUAGGAGGUAUGGCACUCGCUGUGCUCGCUGUGGCAGGAACAUCCGCUCUACUGACUGGGUGCGUCGAGCACGGGGGAGCACCUUCCACCUGGCGUGUUUUUCCUGCACCUCCUGCAAGCGCCAGCUCUCUACUGGAGAGGAGUGUGGAAUACUAGAGAACAGGGUCUUCUGUCGCGCUCACUAUGACAUGAUGUUGGAGAAUCUCAAACGUGCUAAAGAAAAUGAGCAGCCAAAAGUAGAUGAAGAGACAACCAACAAGGAUGAUACUAGUACUGCGGGCCGACCCACCAAGAGGGCCAGAACCAGCUUUACUGUGGACCAGUUACAGGUGAUGCAAACCCAGUUUGCUAAAGAUAACAACCCCGAUGCCCAGACACUUCAGAAACUGGCAGAAAGGACUGGGCUCAGUCGCAGAGUGAUCCAGGUUUGGUUUCAGAACUGUCGAGCUCGUCAAAAGAAGCAUAUAAGUCCAAAUCCAAAUUCUUCGGGCAUAAUGACAUCACUUGCUCCAGGUCAGCUGACUCCACCCUUAUUGGAGGAUCUGUAUACAACCUACAUCCCCCCUGACACACCCCUCCUCACCUCUCUAACCUACAUGGAUGUCCAGACUCCAGACCAGCUUCUGCUUCAGCCUCUUCUGAACAACUCACUCGCACAUCUCCCUAUCAGCCAGGCCUGAGUUUUACCUCCUGGACAAAUGGGGUUUAGUAAAGGUUGAAAGGCUAAAGGGAAAUCAUUAGUAAUAAAUAUGUUAUGUAAGGGGUAAUGGGUGAAAUGGCAAAGGCACACAAUUUCUUUUUUUCUUUCACACAGGCACAGACAGAUAAAAUGAAGUUGAAAUUAGAAAAUAUUACGUGAAUUUUUGCUUGAUGAAAGUUCUGUUAAUAUGAAUGUAAUGAAUUUAUGUCUUAAUUUAUUUUUUGUAUGAAACGAGGCACUUUGUUUUAAAAUGGUGUACAAAAGUAAUUUAGUUAUGAGUUAAGCUGAUGAACUGAGAAAAUGUUUCACAAGGGUAACAAUAAGAUAUUUUUUGUACUUUUUCUGUUAAAGGUUGAUCUUUUCAAAAUUGUGUUACAGUAAAUUUGGGCCUUUUGGGAAUUGAAUAUCAUCUAUGUCGGUCUGCAAAAAAGACUUAAGAUUUGUUUAAGAAGGUUCAGGAAAGGGGUCACCUUUCUUGUUUUUAUUUUACUUGCAUAAUAAAACUGUUCACUUUCCACAGAUCCAUAUAUAAUUUUUUAUUGUGUUUCUGCAUUAGCUGCAGACAAUAAGAUGUGCAAAUGUAUCAUCAGAUGGUGAAAGUCAGAUUGUUGUACAUUCUGGAAAUAUUUGGACCUUCACAUGUGAUCCAAGAAGUCGAAGAUUAAAGAGUGAUGCUAUAACACAAAAU